AUGCCCUCCAUUUUCGCAUGGCUUCGGCGGGUCUACUCGCUAGACACCCUUGACACUCGUUUUACCUCCUCCGCAACCCCUGCCCACACCAACACACGACCUUCCUCCAAAGAUGCCCGCGCCAAUGCAAUCGCCCAGGGCGCGUCGCCUUCACUUUGGCGCACACCAGAAUUCUUUGUCUACUACUUGUUCUUUGUUAUCUUUGUACCAUUGAUGUUCAAAACAGUCAUCGAUGUCUCGAAGGAAAGCGACCCAGUCUACUCCACAUACUCUCACCUUUUAUCACCCGGUUGGAUUCCUGGCCGUCAGGUGGACAACUCCGAUGCGCAGUAUGAAAGCUUUCGCGACAAUAUCCCUGCACUCCUAAUAUUCCUAAUCGCCCAUCCCUUGGCUCGCCGUGUUUAUCAGUCAUACAUCAACCGCUCGAACGUUGAAACAAAACAAUCGAGCCAUUCCGUGAUCGGUGCGGGCGAGGCGCAACUUGAACAGCGAAUGCGCUUCGACUUUUGGUUCGGACUGGUCUUCAUAGUAGGGCUUCAUGGAGUGUCCGCUUUCAAAGUGUUGUUGAUUCUGUAUAUCAACUUCCGAAUCGGCAAGGAGCUUCCUCGUGCCUACGUGCCUACCGCCACAUGGAUCUUCAACCUCGGAAUCUUGUUUGCCAACGAACUAAGCGGUGGUUACUCCCUUGAGCGGAUAGCGAAGGUGUUCGCUCCGGGGUCUGGAACCUCAGAAUAUGGCACCACCGUGCUAGUCCAAUGGGGUCAGACUUUAGAUGAUCUUGGGGGACUGAUGCCGCGAUGGGAGGUCCUUUUCAAGGUCACGGUGUUGCGCCUCAUCAGUUUCAACAUGGAUAACCACUGGAGUGUAGACUACCCUGCGGCAAGUCCAAUUGAAAAGAAGCAACUAGACCCUGCGAGCCUCUCUGACCGUGAUCGGGUCAAGAUCCCCGCAGAACCAACCGCUUUUACAUUCCGCAACUACAUCGCCUAUAUGCUCUACUCACCUUUGUAUGUGGCCGGUCCGAUCUUGACAUUCAAUGACUAUGUAUCUCAACAGCGAUAUACAGCGGCGUCACUCACUCGAUCUCGCAUCAUGAUGUACGCCGUCCGCUUUGGCCUCACUGUGCUCUGCAUGGAGCUUAUCCUUCACUAUAUUUAUGUGGUAGCGAUCUCCAAAGCCGACCCAGACUGGUCUGUCUUUACCCCGGGGCAACUGAGUAUGCUCGCCUUCUUCAACCUGCACAUAAUCUGGCUGAAACUGCUCAUCCCCUGGCGAUUCUUCCGUCUCUGGGCCCUCGUAGACGGGAUUGAUCCACCAGAGAACAUGGUCCGCUGCAUGUCCAACAACUACUCCGCCUUGGCCUUUUGGCGUGGCUGGCACCGUUCCUACAACCGCUGGAUCGUCCGCUACAUCUACAUCCCACUGGGCGGCGGCGGUGGUGGACGGCGGCCACCCGGAGCACCCAAACCAGCCUCACCUCCCCAGUCCAACUUCAUGGGCAAGUUCCUGCAAAUCCGCAACUUCUUGCUGGUAUUCACCUUCGUCGCCUUAUGGCACGAUAUCAAUCUCCGCUUGCUCAUGUGGGGUUGGCUCGUUACUCUCUUCGUUCUACCAGAAGUUUUGGGUGGCAUGUUCUUCCCGGCCCACCGCUGGCGCUCUCAUCCCAAUACGUACCGUGUCAUCUGUGGCAUUGGUUCCGUUGGAAACGUCCUUAUGAUGAUCAUUGCAAACUUGGUCGGCUUUGCAUUGGGUCUGGAUGGAUUAAAGGAUCUGCUUUCCAGCCUAGUGGGCUCAUACUCUGGGCUGGCGUACAUGUUUUCCUGCUGCGUAGUACUUUUCGUCGGCGUGCAGGUUAUGUUUGAAGUUCGCGAAGACGAGCUCCGCGCGGGCAUCAACCUGAAAUGUUGA